AUGAAGAACGCCUACUGCGAGGACGGAGGAGUACAACUUGAAGGCUCCCAAAUCGUGGAAACUUCGUCAUGCGUAUACCUCAGACGUUCUAUGAACAUGAAAAACGACUUGAAGGAAGAACUGAAUAGAAGAAUGAGAGCAGCAUGGGCAGCACUCGCAGCGGUCAGGGAAGCUACAGACCAACUGACGGACCAAGAUCUUCGUGCCCAUCUCUUCGACUCGACAGUCCUUCCAGCGCUCUGUUACGCAGCAGAGACCGACUUCGAGCAUCCUCCAGCAGUGAACAGUGCACGUAAACGAUUCGGUGACAGCUUCGAUAAGCUGGGUUCCGAGUCGAAACUCUCCGCAUCGCAUGCAAAACCAUUGGCUAGAGCUGAACCGAUUGUCACCCCCAUCUACCACUCGACUACGUAUCGUUUCGAUACAGUGUCACAGUAUAAUGAGAGCAAUCAUGGCUUAAAUUAUGUGUACCAGCGUUGCGGGAACCCCACUGUGGAAAAUGUCGAAGUGAUUCUUCGCGAACUAGAACAUGGUGCUGCCACAUUACUGUACAAUUCCGGACUUGCAGCUUUCUCUGCUGUCAUGCUCGAAUUUCUCAAUGCUGGAGAUCAUUUGAUAUGUAUGAAACCGAUGUACAGUGGAUCGUUCUCGUUCAUCACCGAGACACUUGUCCGAUUCAACGUCACCGCCGAUUUCGUUGACGUCGAUAAAGAGGAAGACUUUGUCGGAGCUGCAAAAGCGGCCUUGAAGAAGAAUACAAAGAUGAUCUUCGUUGAAGUGAUCGCAAAUCCAUCAAUGGCAAUGCCUGACCUUGUUGAGGUUAUCAAUAUGGCAAAGAAAAACAACGUGAUGUGUUUUGUGGAUGCUACGUUCGCCUCACCGAUUUGUGUUCAGCCAAUCGUUCAUGGAGCAGACUUCUGCAUGCACAGCUGUUCCAAAUACAUUUCCGGCCAUACCGAUGUGAUCGCCGGUUGCGUGACUACGAAAUGCAUGAAGCACUGGGAACGUCUCAAGUUGCAGCAGUUCACCACUGGGAGUGCGUUGUCACCAUUUGACGCUGCCUUGGUAGCUCGUGGUCUAAAGACCUUGCCAUUGCGAGUUGAUAAGAUCUGUUCGAACGCUCAAGCCGUUGCGCAAUUCCUCGCCAAGCAUCCGAAGGUACAUCGAGUGAGUUACCCAGGCCUUUCCACACAUCCAACACACGAAGCCGCCAAGAAGUACAUGAAAAACUGGAGCGGAAUGAUUGGCUUUGACGUCGGCACUGCUGUAGCAGCCAUUAAAGUCGUAGAGUCGGUCCGUUUGAUAGUGCAUGCUGUAUCGCUUGGUGGAACCGAGUCGUUGAUGGAGCAUCCGUUAUCGAUGUCACAUGGAAGCGAGCUUCUCCGUGAUGUGGAAGAGCCAAUGGUUCCUCCAGGAUUGCUGAGAUUAAGUAUUGGAGUCGAAGAUGCGGCCGAUCUUAUCGACGAUCUGGACAGGGCUUUGUCAUUUAUAUAA